UGUGGCCCCGCCCCCGCCGCCGCGGCCGCGCGCAGGGGCUCCGGUGGCGCCGGGGUCGCUCGCCGCCGGGACGUCGUCUUCUCCUUCUGCUCCUCCUCGUCGUCCCUCGCUCCGGAAAUGCCAUUCUCGUGAGUGUGCAAGGAACCCACAGAACUGUAAUGUCUAACCCUACAUGGAAUAACAGCUCUUUGAAGUUUCUAGGUGGCAGAGACAGGGUGAAGCUCUGUGUAGGGCAGGGAAAGCUGAUGGGGGAUCCCUGCGCGUAGCCCAGGAUGGACUGGCUGUGACGGCGUGCCUUAGCUGGAGAGGUAGUGACGAUGAAGAGUUCCUGCAGAGCUGGCCUCCACAGGGAACCGCUGAACUCCACAUCCUCCACCUUCCAUCAAGUCAAACGGGUUUCUGGUAUGCACUUAAAGCCAUAUCUCAAGUUACAGAAGAAAGAGCGAUCUCCAGAAAUAAGCCAGGACUCCCUAAGAGGUCCACCUAUGAGCCAUCAGAGGUCAGCACAAGAGGAAAAAUGCACCAAUAACUGCACCAAACUGAGCGUUUUCCCAAAACCCCCCCUUGUGGCUCCAUCUCGAAAGUUCCUGGGGAUUAUUUAUCCAAAUACUAUGUGCAAUAUGACUGGGAAAGGUCCAGCAGAUACUCCGAGCGCAAGGGAAAAGAAGAACGCCCUGUCUGCAACGAUCCACCAGGGAGAAGAAGGGGAAGGGCCGCUGGAUGUCUGGGCUGUAGUGAAACCUGGCAACACUAAGGAGAAGAUCGCGUUCUUUGCAGCCCAGCAGUGCAGCAGCAACAACCGUCUGGGCUCCAUGAAAAUCAAAAGCACGUGGGACAUCGACGGAAGGACGGCGAAGCGCAGGAAAAAAUCAGUAGAUCUUAAAAAAGCCAAAAUUCAACUGGAAAGAAUGAGGGAGGCGAAUGCCAGGUGCUCCCAGCCAGAGCCUUUUGCUUGCGGAAUCGAGCACUGUUCGGUUCAUUACGUGAAUGAUAACAGUGAGGGCGUGUUCCCGGGCCGGUCCCUCUCAGUGAUAGAGAUGGUGGCCUUUCUGGAGCAACGAGCAAGUGCUUUACUGGUGGACUGCGCUAAAACCUGCACACCCGCUUCUACCACGAGGCUGAGCGCUCAGCCUAAAGGUGCGCUUCCCAGCUCAGACUCUUUCUCCUCCGUCGGAGCGUGUGAGGUACCUGCGGAGAGGGGACCCUGCGGCAAUGGUGACCAGCAGCAGAGCGAGCCCAUGCGUGUGCUGGACAUGGUGGCCAAGCUGGAAUCGGAGUGCCUGAGGCGUCAGAGCGAGCGGGAGGCCGGGAGCCUCUCACGGAACAACAGCUUCCGCAGAAAUGUGGGGAGGGUGCUCCUGGCGAACGGCACCCAGCCCGAGGGAGAGGUGGGGAAGGUCUCCUCGGGGGUCCUGGCUCAGGGCGAUGGCUUGGAGGAGGCAGGGGUGGCAGAGGGGGGAUACGGAGGACAGUGCGGCACUCUGGGUGAUGCUGGGUUGUGGGAUGGCGCUGCCUCUGCACGGCAGCCUUUUUCUUCUGGGCUGGAUACUCAGAUGGGGAAUGUGAAUUCGGGACUUGCCCAUGCGGUGUUGGCCAUAACGGCUGGCAGGAGUGGUUCUGAAAUGCGAAUUGAGCCUCCCACAACUCUGCUGUCCGCCUGUUCCGCCGCUGCCAGGCCACCACCGGAUUCCUUGCAGAGCAAGAACGCGACUGUUGAUUGUACGUCGAAAGAGCCUGUAAUUUUCCCAAAGCAGAGUCUGCAUCCUGCUAGGAAGGAGCCCUUGUGCAUCAGCAUAUCAAUCACCAAGACUGAGAAAGGAUGCAGGAAAGAGAAGCUCUCCAACUCCAGUUCUGGUGAAGAUCCGCUCCCAGGGAGGCUCUUUUUCCUCCAGGCUGACCCGUCUGCCGCUCAUGAGCCGCAGCCACCACGGGAAAGCACCCAAGGAAAGCCAGGAGAAGCAACCCAAAAUGAGGAUGAGGACGCUUUGGCAUCUGACAGAUCAUGCAUGAGAAACAUUGUCCCUCCGGAGCCAUCCGCCCUUUCUGUUCCUCCGACGGAAGGGGCUUUGCAAGUACUUGAUGCUUCCUGCUUAAAAAGGCAGGUUUCCCAUGACUUUCUGGAGACCAGGUUUAAAAUCCAGCAGCUUUUGGAGCCUCAGCAGUAUAUGGCCUUCCUCCCUCACCACAUCAUAGUGAAGAUCUUUGGUUUGCUUCCUACCAGGAGCCUGGUUGCCCUAAAAUGCACUUGCUACUACUUCAAAUUCAUCAUCGAGUACUACAACAUCCGCCCGGCGGACUCGCGCUGGGUGCGCGAUCCCCGCUACAGAGAAGACCCUUGCAAGCAGUGCAAGAAGAAGUACGUGAAAGGGGACGUGUCCCUCUGCCGGUGGCAUCCCAAACCCUACUGUCAAGCUUUACCCUAUGGGCCCGGGUACUGGAUGUGCUGUCACCGGUCUCAGAAGGGCAUCCCGGGAUGUAAGUUAGGGCUCCACGACAAUCACUGGGUUCCCGCCUGCCACAGCUUUAACCGCGCGAUCCAUAAGAAAACCAGAGGAGCAGGAGCCGAAGCGGAAGAGGAGUAUUAGUGCACAUACACUUUCCUUCGAGAUUCUUUGGGGGUAGGAGUCGAUUCUCAUGCCUUGUGCUGUUUACAGUGUAUAUAAUUGUCGUGUUUUUUCUUUCACAGGGCUAUGAAACUGCACAUACUUAAACCCGAGAGCCUUUACCUGUUAGAUGAAAGAGAGCUUUUAGUCCAUCUCUGUAAAUAACACUAUAAAAACUAAUUGUACAUAGAGUCUCCAGCUGGCUGAACAACGUAAUCACUACAAUGCAGCUCCGAUAGUGUUGCGGCUAUAGUUGUGUGUGUUUUUAAGUGUCUCGUUUCAAAAAAAAAAAAUCUGUAUAUCCUGUAUAAUAUAUGAAUGUUUCUGAGAAGAAACUCUAAAUAGGUAAAGGUCACCUUGGUUAAAGAGUCUUCUGACAACUUAACUGGACAACCUUAUGAUUUAGACUAGAGCAGAUCCAUUACAGUAGUGUGUGGCAGUGGAUAAAGAGAGGAAUAUUAUUGUAUAGUCAGAAUAUAAGAAGUUUUUGUCUGCCCUACCCCUGCUGUCUCGUUGGUUUGUGGGUUUUUGGUUUAUUUUUGGUUUGGUUUUUUUUUUGUUUGGUUUUUUUUUUUACUUUAAAUAAAACGUGCAUUCUCCAACUGCCUUACCCGCCUUUCUCUUGUCAGAUUUUGCCCCCAAAAUAAAAAACACUGUAAACCACGGUGGCAGGAGCUCGGUCUCGGUCCUGUGAUGUCUUUCAGCCUUGCAGGGUGCUUCCUGGAGAAAGAGAAACAACCGCACACCCCGAACCUGUCUGACUUGGAGAACUCCCUGCUGGAAUUCCAGCUCUUCCUUCCCCUCCCGUCGGCCGCGUGCACAGCAGAGGCUCCCCAAGGGCUCCUCUUCUCUGGGAAGUGGGUGCCAGGUGUGUAAAACUUUGGAAAAGGGGGAUGCUGUGCUUCGAGUCCUGCUUCUCGACUCGUGUCGGCCGCUCGCCUGUGCCUGGGAUGCUGGAGGAUGGAGCCUGGGUCGGGCAGGAGGAAAGCGGGGCUGUGUUGGCUCCGUGAUGUGCUGGAGGCUUCGCUCUGUCUGGAAUUCCUCCCUUUUAAGAGAAGCCUUGCCUUUCUUUGCUCUGUUCCGCCGCAGCCUCUGGCGUCUCGUCUUCGAGAUGUGAGUCGAGGAGUUGUGAACAUUUGUGUUGGAGGUAAUUCCUUGAGCUUUUCCUGGAAGCUGAGCAGGGCAG